ACUGCUUUAUGUCUGGCAGCAGAGACCAUGCGCGGUCGCCAUAUUACGGAGCACCCCUCCCCUCCAGUCCCGUCACAGCACAGAGCCACAGCAGCGGUGCAGGAGGCUAUAUACUGAACAACGCGACCGCUGGGGAGGACCAGUGAUACAGCAAAACCCACACCAAAACGAGGAUUCCGUGGAAUGGAUUAAACCUUUGGCCACCCCUUUAAGUGAUCGUAUUCGUUUUUACAUCACUGUGCACCGGAUGAAAGGUUGCGUGUUUUCAUUUUCAUUUCAUUUAAACAAAUUGAGCAGUAAUAACGACUCGCCACAGUCUGUGUUUAGCUAGCCGGUGAUGGAGACUGGCAGCUAGCUAGCUGACGUUACUCCUCUGUCAGGCUAGCAUCUAAUAUAACGCUAACUUACUCAGCAGCUAUUUUGCUUUUACUGCGUGUGUUCGUGACAACAUAGCUUCUCGUUACAAAACCCAUAAAAUGUUAGCUUGUGUUUGAUAAAGGCACAGACGGAUAACAGUGAGAGUUCACCGGCGAAUUACAACUGGCAACAGCUGACGUUAGCUUGCUAGUUACUCAGCGAGCGGCCACUAGCUUCUUCUGCCUCGUUGUCACUGGAGAGCACCGAAUCGUGUAUUGAGAGGCUGUAAAUAUUGGCACAACUUUGCCUGAUAUUUGAGAACAGCCACCCGAAGCUUAAUUCAUCUAUUUAUUUUUGAUCGUCUUGUCUGUUGACCGUAGUUUUGUCAAAACGGCGCCGUCAACGAACUGCCACCUUAUUGCAUACUGUCAGAGACAAACUACCCCCCGGAUUCUCUCGAAAUGCAUCAUCCGGACCCUGCAGGAGACUCUGGCAGUGUUAGAAAGAUGGCGCACCCGGCUGUCUUUCACAGAAGGGGUAGCAAUACAGGCAGCGGGAGCGGCUCCACGCUGUCAACACCGACAAACCCGGUGGUCAAUAACAGCCACGUCUCAGCCGAUGAUUAUCAACCCUCCCUGUUGAUUCAGUGCCAACCCCCUGCUGGUUCAUCCUCCCCGGGUCCCCAUCUUCCUCCUCCCCACAGCCUAAAUCUGCAUUCGCAGCCCCAGCCCACACAGUCAGCCGGAGCUCAGAUGAAAAAGAAGAGUGGUUUCCAGAUCACAAGUGUGACUCCUGCACAAAUAUCUGUGAGUACCAACAACAGUAUUGCAGAGGACACAGAAAGCUAUGAUGACUUGGAUGAGUCCCACACGGAGGAUCUGUCUUCUUCUGAAAUCCUGGAUGUGUCCCUCUCCCGAGCUAAUGACACAGUGGGAACAGAGAGGAGUUCUUCGGAGGAGACACUGAAUAAUUUCCAUGAGGCAGAGACCCCUGGGGCUGUCUCCCCCAACCAGCCUUCGCAUCCCCAUGCACUGAACCAGGCUCAACAGCAUGGUGGAGCCAUGGUAAACGGGACUGUGCACCAUCACCAUCAUCACCCUCAUCAUCCUAACCAUGCCCAAGUCUAUUCUCUGUCCUCCGGGCCUGGGAGCAUCCCAUCUUCCUUCACUUCUGGAGCUUUACCUUGUGUCACCCAGAAAAUGCCUUCUAACGUGGGGGGCCCUCAAGAGAAUGUUUCCCAGACUGCCCCUGCGAAUAUUGUUGCUCAGCCUGUGGGGGUUGUGGCCUCGGGACAUGUCCCUGGAAUGCACAGCUCUGUUACGGGCACUACAGUUAGCAUAGUUAAUCCCCAGACCAGCAGCGUUAGUAAUGUGAAUAUGUUGAGCUCUGCCAACGUGCCUGUGAGAGGGGGGAUCAGCACAAGUGCUAGCAGUAACAGCGGUGGCUUUCCUCUCAAUGUGAUAAGCAGCAGCGGGGGGAGUGGAGGGGGAGGUGGCGCUGUUGCAGCCGGGGCCAACCUCAUGACCGCCAAUAAAAUCAGCAUGAUCCAGCAACACCAAAAUGUCAGCUCCAACAUCACCAUGACUACCACAACUUCUGCUGCUGUUUCUGCUGCUGCUGCUGCUGUUGUCAGUGCCUCUGGAGGGAUGGGACUCUCCAGUGGGAUCCAGGGAAGAGUUGGAUCUGCUGUGCUGCAGCCCAUGAGUGCCCCUGUCACAGCCAUGGCCACAACUGUAUCAUCUACUCCUGCCACAGCUCCAGCCCCUCCAGUGGCUACCACCAGUUCUCGCUUCAGGGUUGUGAAGCUGGACUCUAGCUCUGAGCCCUUCAAGAAGGGCAGAUGGACAUGUACUGAGUUCUAUGACAGAGAGACGCCAGCUUCGGUUCCCAGUUCUUCUGCAUCUGAUACUGGGUCUCUCAGCAUGCGUCAGUAUGUCUCUGAGAGCUUUGCUGGGGCCUCCGAGAGAGAAAGCACAAGUGGUAGUUCUGUGAGUAGCACUAUGAGUACGCUGAGCCAUUAUACAGAGAGUGUGUGCAGUGGAGAGGCUGGGGGACCCCCAGUACCCCAUCAUGCCCAGGAUUAUGCCUCCCCUCCUCAGGGCUUUCAAGGAAUCCUCCCCAGUGGCUUAAACAUUGGAGUAUCCCAAACCCAACCACACAUGCACGCCCAGGAUAUUACCCUUUCACAUGUGAGGAAUACUGUGGCCCCCUCGGCUCCUACAAACAUUCAUCAGCCUGCUCCCCUGCCAGGCCACCAGACCACGAUUGGACUCCCUACACCUGCUGUACCUCAGCAGCAGCUCACCUAUGCCCAGGCGGUUGCUAAUCAACCUCCAGGCUCCACGCAGGGCCUAGUGGGUGUUCAGCAGCAGAAGAUAGGCUAUGCUUCCCUACCGCAGCAGCCUGCUGCUGCCCCCCAAGCAGCCCCAGUGCAGGUCAGGCCACCUGAGUACACCCAGCCACAAGGUAUCCCCCAGACUGCUGCUUCUCAAUCUCUGUCCAACCAAGCUGGAUCAGCUCCCUCUGGACCAACUAAUGGAUCAUGUCAGAUGAUAGGAGGCCCUCAGCAGUCACAGUCACUCCUCCACACACAGCCUCAGCAGCCCUCGUCUCUUCAGGCCAACCCCUCCGCUAUACCCUCUCAUGUUGGGGUAGCAGGUCUUGGCCAGCAGGCUAAGAGCCACCCUGGCCAUCUGGAUUGCCAGCAGCAGAAGCCCCAGUCACUCCCAGCACAAAUCCAAAACCCAGGCCUGGGCGCUCAGCUGCCCACUACAGUCCACCAGAGCCAAGUGUCUGCACCAAGUGUGCCUCCUCCCAAUCCUCAGAGUGAGCCCCAGCCCCAAGCCCACAACACUGGGAAUAGUGGUAGGAUGCCCCCACAUGUCCCCCACAGCCAGCCGUCUUCUGCCAGCUUGUCCCAGGACCAAAGCAGUGCCCAGGCCCUUGCUCAUGCUGCCCAGGCCAGUGCCCUGUAUGCUAGUCUGCCCACCUUCACCACUACUCAGCUGCAGGACGCCCAGCGGCUGCUCCUCCAGCACCAGUCGGCUCUAUUGGGUCUGCCCAAGUUGUCCGGAGGGGAGGGUGGGUCUGGAUCCAGCACUGGCCAGGGUCAAGAAGCUGAGGGCAAUACCACCGCCGCCAGUGCCUUAACUGCAUCAGCUGGUCUUAAGACUGUUGAUGGAGAGGAGGAUGGUUCGUCAGGAGCCAGCGUUGUGGCCAUAGACAACAAGAUCGAACAAGCAAUGGACCUGGUGAAGAGUCACCUGAUGUACGCAGUGCGUGAGGAGGUGGAAGUUCUAAAGGAACAGAUCAAGGAGCUGAUCGAGCGCAACUCCCAGUUGGAGCAGGAGAACACCCUACUGAAGACACUGGCGAGCCCGGAACAAAUGGCCCAGUUCCAGGCCCAAGUUCAGACUGGCUCCCCGCCUGCCCCUCCGACAGCUGCUACACCGGGACCCCCAAGCACCACCACCCUUGCACAGCCCGCCUCGCACAGCUCUGGCCCCUCGGCGUAGCCCCGUCUACACAGACAGACAGACUGACUGACAGUUUUUUGAGUUCUGCUACAGCAGCAGAGCCAAACCUUGCCUUCUACAGCAGGAGGUUGCGCUGUUAAGACAAGAAUUUGCACAUAUUUAUCUCUCAGAAGGAUGCAGCCAGCGGGACGAGCGGUGCUGUGCUUUUACAGCACAGCAGAGGGUGACAAUCUUGAAAUCCUGUUUUUUUUUAUUUUUAUUUUUUGUUUGUUUGUUUGUUUGUUUUUUGGGGGGCAUCUUUCAGAGGAAGGAGGAUGAAACAUUGAACAUUUGCCAAAUAACCCUUGGAUAUAUUAACUAGAAUGUCUUACCAAGAGAAACAAAACAGCUUAUCAGUGGCGACAUUAUACUUAACUAUAGAUUAAAAAAAAAAAAAAAAUCACUGUGCCUGUGUCUGGAUUUUAAGUGAUGUCGAUUUUACUGAUGACGGAGAUGGAGGUGCAGGAGGAACAGGAGGUGGAGGACUGUAUUGGUUGUUACCUUUUUUGCUGAAUGAUGUAAAUAAAAGUGGUUCUCUCUCACA